AUGUACUACGGGGAACGAUGGCGCCUGCACCGAAGACUUACGCACAGCGUCGUUGGAAAGCAGAAGGUUCAAUCCUAUCGCCACAUUCAGAGCGCGGAGAGCAAGAUCACAGCACUUCGUCUGCUUGAAAGCUCUAAAAAUUACGUUGACCAUUUAGAGCGCGCAGCGACGAGUGUCAUGUCAGUCAUCGGGACCGGAAAGCGUAUCAGAGAGCUCAAUGAUCCCUUGACGGUCAAGGUCAUCAAAGUUACUGCAGAAAUGGGAGAGAAAGUCGUCGUUGGCAAGCACUUUCCCAUGAUUCUGGAGACGUUUCCAUGGAUGUCAAGUCUCCCCUCCAUCAGAAAGAUGUUUCGCUCCGGAUCCAGUGAGUCCGACAUGUAUUAUUGUAUGGCCCAAGAGGCAUCGGAGCGUCGACAAGACUGCUAUUUCAGAUACAUCUACGAAUCACAGAGAAAAUACGAGCUGUCCAAUCAUGAGGUUACGUCGCUGACGGGAAACCUCUUUGGUGCCGGAGUGGAAACCUCAACGUAUACCGUGCUAUCUUUUCUCUUGGCGGCGUGUUGCUUCCCCGAGGCAAUGUCAGAAGCACGAGAAGAAAUUGAUAAGAUCUGCGGAUCAGAGCGAAGCCCGACGAGCGAAGACACUGUCGGGAUGCGGCACGUUCAAGCAGUCAUGAAAGAAGUGUUUAGAUGGAGAGCACCGGCUGUUCUGGGAGGCCAGCCUCAUGCGCCUCUGGAAGACGACUUUUUCGACGUGGGUUCAUCUCACUCAAUUUUUGGAUUUGGAUUCAACUCUGAUUCAUAUGUACAGGGCUAUUUAAUACCCAAAGGCACUUCGGUGACUGGAAAUCUCUGGGCGAUCCAUCGAAAUGAACGUGACUUCCCCGAACCAGAUCAUUUCUGCCCGCAACGCCACUUCGCCGACCACAAGCUCUAUCGCCCACUGCCAAUGGAGAAGCGGCAUAUGGCGUUCGGUUGGGGUCGUCGAGUGUGUGCGGGAGCAGAGCUAGCUGAGCAGGGUGUUCUUACACAGAUCGCUCGCUUUCUGUGGGCAUUCAAUAUCGAAAGUGAACUCGACGAACAGACAGGGAAGCCAGAAGUCCUAGAUAUCUUCAACUAUACGUACGUGGCUAUGAUAUUGAGAGAGAUAAUGACUGACUUCGUGUCUAAGGAGCGGAUUCAAUAUUCGACCAAAGCCAUUCAGAUGCAGAUUUACUCCACGAAGCCCGGAGAUAUGGCAAAGCGUCAUUCGGGAAGGAAGAGAAGCUGA